CCUUAAACGAAGACCAAAUAGCACAUUUUUGUUUUCAUCCAUUUUUACGAAAUUGCCAAUUUUGACUUUGUGGCUGAUGUAACCAAUAUCUCUGGCUGUGUGUGUUGUCGGACCUCCGUGGGUGGGACCAAGCGAUACCUCAACAACAAGAUGGAUUAAUCGUGACAAAUUAGGGAAACCCCGUCAUUGACAACGUUCUAUUUACUUGUGGCAAGUUAUUCAGUGAAACACUAUUUAAAUGUCAGUUCUUAGGACAUGAAGGUUGUUGGCACAACAUCAACAAUGCAGCUCUCUCCCACCAACGGAGAUUUUACAUUCGUCUCAUCAACUGAAGCAGAGGAUCUAAGCGGUACUAUUGAUGCCCCAGAUGUUAAAUUGAACAUGGGCUGCGACAAUGCAAAAGACCCAUAUGCAACCACAUUCCUGAGGAAACGAGGCUAUGGCUGGCUACUGGAAGUAGACGAGGAUGACCCAGAAGACAACAAACCUCUUCUGGAGGAGCUGGACAUCGACCUGAAAGACAUCUACUACAAGAUCCGCUGUGUGCUGAUGCCAAUGCCCUCCUUGGGCUUCAACCGGCAGGUUGUGAGGGACAACCCUGACUUCUGGGGUCCUCUGGCUGUAGUGCUCCUGUUCUCCAUGAUCUCCAUCUACGGACAGUUCAGGGUCGUGUCUUGGAUAAUUACCAUUUGGAUAUUCGGAUCUUUAACAAUCUUUCUGCUGGCUCGUGUUCUCGGUGGUGAGGUUUCGUAUGGACAAGUCCUUGGAGUGAUUGGAUACUCUCUACUCCCGCUCAUCGUUAUAGCUCCAUUGCUUUUGGUCAUUGGGGGUUUUGAUGUUGUUUCUACACUAAUAAAGCUUUUUGGUGUAUUCUGGGCUGCUUACAGUGCUGCUUCUCUGCUCGUUGGGAAUGAAUUCAAAACCAAGAAGCCUCUUCUCAUAUACCCUAUUUUCCUUUUGUACAUCUACUUCCUGUCACUAUAUACUGGGGUCUGAUUGGACAAAUGGCUACUGUGGCACUUUGGUUGGAGACUGACACAAAGCACUGUGAAAAGACACACAAGGAUUCAUUUUUUAAACGUCAUUUUCUCCUUCUUCUUUUAACUCUGUUUACAAUCCUAGACUGUGGGGAUAUAAGGAUAUAUGUUACGUCAGUGUAUUUAAAUGUGCCCCUUACCUCUUUGCUCAAUAAAAAGCAGUAGAGUAUGGUCUAAGCGCUGCAUUCAGAUUUAAUUGUAAUUAGAUCCCUGGUUUGCAUUAGCAUCAUAAGAGGACUGUAAUUAUUUAAUCAAGGCGUGAAAUAUGGUUUUGGUAAUCAUAUGGGGGACACAUAGAUUUUUGUUAAUGCGUUUAUUCCAUAGAGGAAGGUGUUGCCAAAUACAGUGCAAAUAUGCUCAAUUAGAACCAAGGGUUUAAGAAAGACGUCAACCCCUAACUGAAGUUCCACCAUUAUUUUCUAAGGUAGUGGGUUUAACAUACUGUUAUGCAUUAUUUAGUUGUCAUUUUAUUCAUCUUUUACAAACCUUCUAUCUUAACUUAUGAAUUUCAGCCUGUGUAGGCCAGUAGAUGGGCAGUUUGAGUGAAAUAAAAGUCUACUAAAGUUGGGUGCCUUUCAUUAGUUGUUUUAUACAGUUGUUUAAUAAUCUUUUAUUGAACUGAUGUAUAUUUUCCGACAACAUGUUUGUAUCGAUUGUAUGUAUACCUACUGUAUAUAGCUUAAUGUGUUGUAGAGGUGUACAUGUUCAUGAACAUGUGAUACAAUUGUGGAAAAUAAUUAGACCUGGAACAAUAGUGAUAUUUAUAAGUAAUUCACAGUGGGGGGGUUAAAAGAUAUCAACAUAAUUGUCCAUAUAACUGUUGUACUGUACUAGAUAUUUUAAAAUACAUUCCCUCUCAUAUGUAAA